UGAUAUUCAUUGAGUAAUUUCCUAACAAAGAUUUUUUUCUAUUUUUCUAUUUGAUUGUGCAUCAAUUUACAACAGCUCAGUUACCAUGGUUACAACUAUGACUUCUUGUGAGUAUAGUUGUUCUUCUAGUGGAUUUGUUUUUGACGAAGGAAUGAAAAAAGACUUCUUGGAAUCUGGAUAUAUCAUGAUAAGGAAUCUUCUAGACGAGGAAGAGGUCGGAAAAAUAAGAACAUCUUUAGAAACCAGCGAGGAUCUCCAGAACAAUGCAUUCGGGGUAGCCGAUGAAAACAGAAAAGCAAGCAAACUUGUUAUAUGGAAACAUCCCGGUAAUGAUGUGACGGGAAUGUUAGGGCGAUGUGAAAAGGUGGUCUCCACAUGUGAAAAGCUUUUAGGUGGCGAAGUAUACCACUAUCAUACUAAAUUGAUGAUGAAAGAACCUCUCACUGGCGGAAGUUUUAUAUGGCAUCAGGACUAUGGAUACUGGUAUCAUAAUGGAUUUCUGACUCCUGAUAUGAUGACUGUGUUUAUUGCAGUAGAUAAAUGUAUUAAAGAAAAUGGCUGUCUAGAAAUUAUAAGAGGAUCACACAAAUGCGGCAGAAUUGAACACAAAAAAGUCGGAGGUCAAACUGGUGCUGAUAUAGAGAGAGUGGAGCUUAUUAAAAAGAAUUUUCCUGUUGAAUAUGUUGAAAUGAAUCCAGGUGAUGCUUUAUUUUUCCACUCUAAUUUGUUACAUGCCAGUAAUGCUAACAACAGUGAUCUCCGUCGUUGGACAUUACUUUCGUGUUACUGUAAAGCCAGUAAUGACACAGUAACUCCUCACUGCCUACCAAGUUAUACACCACUGAGAAAGGUACCAGAUUCAGCUAUUCGUGAAUGUACUAGCUUGGAUUGUUCAGGAAAAGAGUUCAUGGACCCAGAAAAAGAUAUUAACAUUAAAUCUACAUCAGAAGAUAAAAGCAAAGCUAGCUAGUUGAGUGUAAUCUGACAUUUUGAUCCUUAGUUAUGUGUCAUAUACCAAAUAGUGAUUUCGUAUAUAACUUUUUAGAAAAAAUAUUACGUUUUAUUUAUUUUUUCUGUUGAAGGAGAAAUAUUUGGGAGUUUGGAAUCACUGCAUACAUGUUUGUUACAAUUGCUUUAUAGCAUAUCACAUACUUAAGACAAACGUGUUUAAAAGUAAAGUUGAGUGAGCUUUCUUUUCCUUUCUAUUUUAUACAAGGACCUGGUUUUUAUGGCAUUUUACAACCACGGGGCGGUUUAAUUGCAAGUGGACGUUUCAUCUACGAGGUUAUCACCAACCAGGAAGUAAGCCCUUCUGUGAUGAAAUGAAAUAUACUUAAUACGAUCACUCCGAUGAUAUCAAUGCUGGUGGACGGUUUUGCCUUGAGGGAUUCACCAGCCAAUUAAGUUUUUCUACCCAAGUACAGUUGGCAUUAGUCCACCUUUCAGCAGUUUUUGUUUUUAGUGGUUUUCAACAUCUUCAUUAAUGUGGUCCCCUUAUUAAAAUCGCGCGCCACCGUUGAGUCUUGUGAUGACAUAACACGCUUCUGACGUACACAACUAUUAGCCUGGAGUCUUAUA